UUUCUUCAGUGAUAUCACACAGCAUGUUCCUCGUAGACAGGAUGGCUACCAGCCAUUGCAAAAAGUCCAGGAAUUCCUAGACCUCAUCAUCCCCUCCUUCAGUGCCGUGUAUUAUCCGCAUCAGCAGCUCAGCAUAGACGAGAGCAUGGCUCGCUUCAAAGGCAGAUGUCACUUUCGACAGUAUAUGCCAGACAAACCAACGAAACGCGGUUUCAAGUGUUUUAGUUUGUGCGACUCUGUGUCGUUUUAUUGUCUGAAAUUUAUUGUGUACACUGGGAAGGACUACUUUCCAGUACCAGCGGGUAAGCCUUUCACCCAUCAUCUUGUGGAGACCCUGAUGGAUGGGUACACUGGGAAGAGUCACAUAUUGUUCUGUGAUAACUUCUACACCUCUCCAGCACUCUUUGCAGACCUGAGGGAAAAGCAGACUGGAGCAGUGGGCACUGUUGUGGAGAGCAGAAAGGGGUUCCCUCAUGCCCUAAAACACACCAACCUUCCCCUGAAAAAAGGCGACGAGCCAGUGUUUUCUAGGUCUGGUGACAUGGUUGCCACGGCUUGGCACGACACAAAGCGCGUGCACCUUCUUAGCACAGUCCACACGAAUAACACUAUGGACAAGUUGGUGCGCUCUGCAAAGGAUGACGGCGGGUUUCGGCGGGUCGAAAAGCCAGUAAUUGCUGAGACAUACAAUGCGUACAUGGGCGGCGUCGAUCAUUUCGAUCAGCUGCACAAAAACUAUUCAUAUCCCCACCGCAGCUACAAAUGGUAUCUCGCGCUCUACCUCUAUGUGAAAGAUGCCUGCCUUGUGAAUGCCCACAUUUUGUACAAACGCAGUGGUGGCAAGGACAACGUGAAGGACUUCAAGUCUGCUGUAGUGGAUGCGCUUAUCAAGCCCCACAUGGCUGUGCGCAAAUCAAAAUGCCGGCCGCAGCCGAACCCAACUGUUGACCGGCUCUCUGCUGCACAGUUCGGGCACUUCCCUGCCAAAUACUUGGAUCCUAAACAUCGCCCAGUAUGCAAGGUCUGUGCGACCAUCAAGAAAAGGGCCCAGACGCGCUUCCACUGCCCCCAGUGCAACACUGCUUUGUGUGUUGACCGUGACUGUUUCCGCAUCUGGCACACCGCUGUUGACGUCAAACAGGCACGGCAACAGCUCACGGACUAAAUGCUACCAAACUCCCUUCUAUUAGAGCAAGCAAAAUUGGAUUAUAUAUUUUCACAGUGAGUAGGCUUACAAUUCCAUGUAUUUCUUUCUACUUCUGUUAGCUAUCGUCACAUUUUUUUUUCAUGUUUCUCAAGAGACCUACAUAUUCAUAGACACGCACACGCACACACACAUACACACACCCACACUCAAAAUUGACUUUGUACAUAUUAUCCUUCUGGGGCAUUUGCUUUCGGAAGGGGAAAUUAGUGGCAGGUUUUAUAUAUCUCAUGUAAAUAUUGCAUAAUUUAUGCAAAUUGUCUGCCGUGAUCAUGCAAUUCGAUUUUUUUUCACUUGAGCAAAACCCUCAUUCACUCAUACAACUGUCCUCCAAAUUUGGUAAUGAUCCAUGAGUUUAUAAUAGAGCAGUGUCCAUUUCUCUGAACCCUAUACUUUUGCUUCGUGCUGACCUCUUCUGACCCCUAACAGGGUAGGCCUACAUGUUUAUUUUGACUCUACAAUGCCUCUAAAUGCACCCAGCGACCACCUGUUGUGAUUUUUAUUAUGUAGAAAUGGUCAAAUCAUCUUUCUGGAAUAUUAACUGUUAUAGAUUUAGGGUAAAAUCACUUAUCAGGAAGGUGAAAAUUUGGUUUUUUCGUUAUAUUUUACUUAAAUUUUGCAUAAUUUAUUCAAAAUGGCUGCCGUGAUCAAGCGAUUGUUUUUUUCUUCACACGAAUAAAACCCUUAUUCACUCAUACAACUGUCCCUCAAGUUUGGUAAUAAUCCAUGCAUUUACAAGAGAGCAGUGCCCAUUUCUCUGAACCCUCUACUUUCACCUUCAGAUUAGCUCAAAUGGUGUGUGGAGCCAGGUUUUUUUUUACUAUAUAGGCAUGUGGUGGAAAAGUGUUAAGUGGUACAAAAAUUAUUUUUAAAAUCAUAUUAUAAAAUCUAGACAUAUGUUAAACUUGUUAUUUAAUUUUGGCAUAGCGAACCACGCCACGAAAGUAAUUUCGCGCCACUUCAGUUGACUUGCAUGGUUCACUUUAGUCACAUGUGUAAAGUUCCAGGAUAUUUCUAUAGUGUUACAGUUACUGCUGUUUAAUUAGUCUUUUCUUCAGUGAUUGAAUCAUCAAUUUCUCCUUUUCUUGUGCCUUUUUUAAAAUACGAUUUUAGUUGUGUGCUUCAUUUUUUAAAAAUUGAUUGAGUUUCACAAUGUGGCGCCAUGAGUUUUGCUGUUUUUUCACUAUGGCUUAUAAUAUUUUAUAUGAGAAUGCCCCCAACGAAGAAGCUGCGCUUAGAUUUUUGCAACAAAACAAUUUGAUUCGAUCAGUGCCUCCAAUUUGUCUGCAAUGUCCGAGGCAGACGACUUUAG